AUGUCCAGAGGCAGAUACACUGCGUGCCCGCUGCUCGCUCUCAACGACGAUGUGCUCCUCAGUAUGCUCCCAUACUUCAACGCCCUCGAACUCUUCCAAUGGGGUCUUACUUGUAAACGGUUGUACCAAAUGACCCAAACCCCCAAUUUGUGGAUUUCACUUGCACGCGAACUGCGCAACAAUUCGGUUUUGCUCCCAUUCUCGUUUGGAAAGACGAUCGACAAUGCAGACUUGAGCGGGCUCCGAAUCGCAACGACAAAGGCCACCCGUCUGCGCGAAAAUUUGCGACGAAAGCAGCCAGUGAUUUACAGAUUCAACCUCAUUUCCCACGGCUGGUUCAAAGGACAAGUCCUCCGCGAUGAGGCACACAAGUGUAUUGCUCUCUUCGAUGGACGGUGGAUCGUCUAUCGGCAAUACGACUCUUUGAGAGUUCAGCAUGUGCAGACCACAAAGUCAAAGUACAUCUUUAGUAUCGAUAUCCAGGAGUAUGCAAGCUGGCGCAUCCUGCUCUCUCCGGUUUCAGGAGAUGUGGCUAUGGUUGCGGUGCAUCAUGAUGUCAACGAAGAAUGGGAUGUGAUUGAAAUCACAUUUGGUGCCACCCCGAAAACCAAGCCAAAAUUUCGUUCGAUGUACUACCCAAAGAUCAAGCAUCUGGAAUUUCUCGGAGGCGGACUAUCUGUUAUCUAUACCCAAGGUCUCGCAAAGCUCCUAAACCACUACACGGGGAAGACCGCCGACCUCGGCCCGGCAACGUCAACACCACACAAAUAUCUCUUACAGGAUGAUGUCUUAUUCCAGUUGGUCGUCCGCACAAAUGGCCUACUGUACGUCUACGCACGACGUGUAGAAAAUAAAGACAAUGGGUCACUCAUCGUCAGCAAAGGGGAAAUCCCGUUGGAGAUUCCUCUGGCAGCCAACUGCGCUACAUACCCUCCCGAUCAGUUCUGGACAGAGACAGAACUUCGGCCUUCGUCCACCGACUCGCAGUUGACCAUUUGGCAUCGCGUGCAUUUCAAGACGCGAGGGGAAGUCUACUAUGCAAGUUACACCAUCGACGUACCAUAUACCCCCAUUUGGUCCGACGAUGAAGAGACAGCGUUGUUCGGCAACUGGACCUAUCGAGCUUCUGUCGUCGCAAACGGGACCAUGACAGUCGGCCAAGGAGGCGACUCGCUACUCUUAUCCCGAUACAGGAACCAGAUGGCUGCCUUGACUGUCUACCCGCGCCUGCAUCUGCCCGUCAAUCAGUCGCGGAUGGCGGACCAUGGCACGAGCUUGCCUGUCCCGCAGAAGAAAGUCGCCGGGAACGACAUCCAUUCGGUCAGAAUGGCGUGGGACGAUGUACGAGGGAUUGCAGUCCUGUACUUUUCGGAUGCUACCAUCUGGGUACUGCACUAUGCUUGA